AUGUGGAAGAUUGUUGUUCCAAUUUUUGCGACUAUUUUCGCCGCUGGGCAGUGCGGCCUACUUGGGGGAUGGCAAAAUGUCGACAUCCAGAAUGAGGAUUUCCUAAAUGCGUUGAAUUACGCCCUCGCCCAACACAACAAAGGCAACCAAGCAGAUAUAUUCGUCCACAAGGUGGUUCAAAUCGUCUCCGCACAGGUUCAGGUGGUCGCAGGAGCAAACUACAAGAUUGUUGUGAAAUUGGGACGGACAAACUGCCAGAAAGGCGAAGCAGACACAGGAUGUACUGUCUACAUAGACCCAGCUAAGGCUCAGAUUUACCAGUGCACAUUCACAGUGUGGAGCUGCCCAUGGCUCAAUGACAUUCAGGUCACGGAAAAGAAGUGCUUGAAACCUUAACUUAACUCACUGUGAAAUACAGUAUAUGCUGCUUUUAACAGUGUAAACAUCUUUCCUUCCUCUGUGUGCUGUUUUCACAACUAUGAAUGCUGUAAUGCAACAUAAAGUUGACAAGUUGCCAGAAUAAAAUUGUUUAAUGACUUGGUAAAAAAUGCAAAUUAAAAAAAUAAAGUAAAUUUGACUUAUCAAAA